AUGGUAGUUGACACAACCUAUUAUGAUUUACUAGGCGUUAGCCCAGAUGCAAAGUCCAUAGACAUAAAAAAGGCCUAUAGGAAAAAGUCUGUGCAAGAGCAUCCCGACAAGAACCCCAAUGAUCCAACCGCCACAGAGCGAUUCCAGGCUAUUUCUCAAGCAUAUCAGGUUCUAAGUAAGGAUGACUUACGUGCGAAGUACGACAAGUUUGGGAAAGAGGAAGCUGUACCCAAAGAAGGGUUUGAGGACGCCGCUGAGCAAUUCUCUAUGAUAUUUGGCGGCGAUGCCUUUGCCUCAUACAUUGGUGAGCUUACUCUGUUGAAGAACUUACAGAAGACCGGCGAACUUUCUGCUGAAGACGAGAAAGAUAAGGAGGCCGAAAAUGAGGCCUCGGAAGAGAAGAAGGAUGCAACAACAGCUCCAAGCGAGGCUGCGAACAUGGACCAGGGGGGUGCUAAGGUUUUACCCCCUUCAGAGAGUCUUGAUAGCAUGUCGUCAACACAGAACGGGGAGAAAAAGGACAAGAAAAAGAGUAAGCUAGAGGCGUUCGAGGAGGAACAAAAAAUCGAGAAAGAGAAGAGCAUACAGGAGUUGAGCAAAUUGCUGAGCGACCGCCUUUCUAUUUUGACAGAAAGCGAGUACAACGAAGCUUGUAAAGAGUCUUUCGCUCGAAAGUUUGAGGAGGAAGCUAAUAUGCUAAAGAUGGAAUCCUUUGGGCUGGACAUUCUUCACACGAUUGGCGAUGUCUACUACGAAAAAGGCCAGAUAUUUUUAAAAUCACAGCUGGUUUGGGGCCUUGGUGGAAUGUUCCAUUCAUUUAAGGCAAAAAGCGGGGUUGUGAUGGACACUCUUAAAACGGUGUCUGCGGCUUUGGACGCACAGAAUACUAUGCAAGAGCUCGAAAAGCUUAAAGCUGUGGCAGAAUCUAACGAAGUGUUGAGAGACGAUAAGGGUCAGGAAAUCUUGAAACCAUCUGUCGAGGAGUUAGCCCAAUUAGAACAGCUCUUAAUGGGCAAGGUUUUAUCUGCGGCCUGGCAUGGAUCUAAAUUCGAGAUUAUGUCAACUUUGAGGAGCGUUUGCGACAAGGUACUAGAGGAUGCUAAGGUCGACAAAACUACUCUAGUAAGGCGCGCAGAAACGCUCAUAAUACUAGGUAAAGUAUUCAGAAAAACUUUUAGAACAAAAGUGGAACAAGAAGAAGCACAGGUUUUCGAAGAGCUAGUAGCCGAGGCCACUAAGAAAAAAUCCAAGCACAAGUAG